GCCUCCGCCGGCGCCGCCGCCGCCGCGGGUGUGAGGCGAAGCGGCCUGGCCUGGUUCCCUCCUCCGGGCAGCCCGCCCAGGUACUGGGUUUGGCUGGCGGGCCCGGGGGGCGCUCCGCACCCUCACCUCUCCUCCCGGUCGCUGCGCGGGCGGCGCUCCGGAAGCGGGCUUGAGGGAACUGCUGCGGCCGGGCCUGUGCGGGACAGUGGGCUGGGCAGCCGGCUGUGCGUGUGCGACUGACGGCCGGGCCGGCGCGAGGCUGCCGCGCGUGACGGGGCCGGCCGUGGCCACCAGGCUGUGUCCGGGGCCGCGUGAGGAGCCGCCGCCGGGGUCUGCUCGCCCGCCGCCUCCGCCGCCGCCGCCGCCGCCGCCGCCAGCUCGCUCCCGGCGGGCCUGCGCCGCCGCCGCCUGUGCCGCCCCCAGCGCCGGAGCCAUGGCGGGCGCCGCGUCCCCCUGCGCCAACGGCUGCGGGCCCGGCGCGCCCUCGGACGCCGAGGUGCUGCACCUCUGCCGCAGCCUCGAGGUGGGCACCGUCAUGACUUUGUUCUACUCCAAGAAGUCGCAGCGGCCCGAGCGGAAGACCUUCCAGGUCAAGCUGGAGACGCGGCAGAUCACGUGGAGCCGUGGCGCCGACAAGAUCGAGGGGGCCAUUGACAUUCGAGAAAUCAAGGAGAUCCGCCCGGGGAAGACCUCACGGGACUUCGAUCGCUACCAAGAGGAUCCUGCUUUUCGACCGGACCAGUCGCACUGCUUUGUCAUCCUGUAUGGAAUGGAAUUCCGCCUGAAGACCCUGAGCCUACAAGCUACGUCUGAGGACGAAGUGAACAUGUGGAUCAAGGGCCUGACUUGGCUGAUGGAGGAUACGUUGCAGGCGGCCACACCCUUGCAGAUUGAGAGGUGGCUGCGGAAGCAGUUCUACUCAGUGGACCGGAAUCGUGAGGAUCGUAUAUCAGCCAAGGACCUGAAGAACAUGCUGUCCCAGGUCAACUACCGGGUCCCCAACAUGCGCUUCCUCCGAGAGCGGCUGACGGACCUGGAGCAGCGCACCAGCGACAUCACCUACGGGCAGUUUGCUCAGCUGUACCGCAGCCUCAUGUACAGCGCCCAGAAGACGAUGGACCUCCCCUUCCUGGAAGCCAGUGCCCUGAGGGCGGGGGAGCGGCCGGAGCUCUGCCGGGUGUCCCUUCCUGAGUUCCAGCAGUUCCUUCUCGAGUACCAGGGGGAGCUGUGGGCUGUCGACCGGCUCCAGGUGCAGGAGUUCAUGCUCAGCUUCCUCCGAGACCCCUUGCGAGAGAUCGAGGAGCCUUACUUCUUCCUGGACGAGUUUGUCACCUUCCUGUUCUCCAAGGAGAACAGCAUAUGGAACUCGCAGCUGGACGCCGUGUGCCCCGACACCAUGAACAACCCCCUGUCCCACUACUGGAUCUCUUCCUCGCACAACACGUACCUGACCGGGGACCAGUUUUCCAGCGAGUCCUCCCUGGAAGCCUACGCCCGCUGCCUGCGGAUGGGCUGCCGCUGCAUCGAGUUGGACUGCUGGGACGGUCCAGACGGGAUGCCAGUCAUUUACCACGGACACACCCUGACCACCAAGAUCAAGUUCUCAGACGUCCUGCACACCAUCAAGGAGCAUGCCUUUGUGGCCUCAGAGUACCCGGUCAUCUUGUCCAUCGAGGACCACUGCAGCAUCGCCCAGCAGAGGAACAUGGCCCAGUACUUCAAGAAAGUGCUCGGGGACACGCUUCUCACCAAGCCCGUGGACAUUGCUGCUGACGGGCUCCCCUCACCCAGCCAGCUCAAGAGGAAGAUCCUCAUCAAGCACAAGAAGCUGGCUGAGGGCAGUGCCUAUGAAGAGGUGCCUACGUCCGUGAUGUACUCUGAGAACGACAUCAGCAACUCCAUCAAGAACGGCAUCCUCUACCUGGAGGACCCCGUGAAUCACGAGUGGUAUCCCCACUACUUCGUUCUGACCAGUAGCAAGAUCUACUACUCCGAGGAGACCAGCAGUGACCAGGGCAACGAGGACGAGGAGGAGCCCAAGGAGGCCAGUGGCAGCACAGAGCUGCACUCCAAUGAGAAGUGGUUUCACGGGAAGCUCGGGGCGGGACGGGACGGGCGGCACAUCGCCGAGCGCCUGCUCACGGAGUACUGCAUCGAGACCGGGGCCCCCGACGGCUCUUUCCUCGUGCGCGAGAGCGAGACCUUCGUGGGCGACUACACCCUCUCCUUCUGGCGGAACGGCAAAGUCCAGCACUGCCGGAUCCACUCCCGGCAGGACGCAGGGACCCCCAAGUUCUUCCUGACAGACAACCUCGUCUUCGACUCACUCUAUGACCUCAUCACACACUACCAGCAGGUGCCCCUGCGCUGCAACGAAUUUGAGAUGCGCCUCUCAGAACCCGUCCCGCAGACCAACGCCCACGAGAGCAAAGAGUGGUACCACGCGAGCCUGACCAGAGCGCAGGCCGAGCACAUGCUGAUGCGCGUCCCCCGGGACGGGGCCUUCCUGGUGCGGAAACGGAAUGAGCCCAACUCAUACGCCAUCUCCUUCCGGGCUGAGGGCAAGAUCAAGCACUGCCGCGUCCAGCAGGAGGGCCAGACCGUGAUGCUGGGCAACUCAGAGUUUGACAGCCUCGUGGACCUCGUCAGUUACUACGAGAAGCACCCCCUGUACCGCAAGAUGAAGCUACGCUAUCCCAUCAACGAGGAGGCGCUGGAGAAGAUCGGCACAGCGGAGCCCGACUACGGGGCCCUGUAUGAAGGCCGCAACCCCGGCUUCUACGUGGAGGCGAACCCCAUGCCGACUUUCAAGUGCGCUGUCAAAGCUCUCUUCGACUACAAGGCCCAGAGAGAGGACGAGCUGACUUUCACCAAGAGCGCCAUUAUCCAGAACGUGGAGAAGCAGGAAGGAGGCUGGUGGCGUGGUGACUAUGGUGGGAAGAAGCAGCUGUGGUUCCCGUCAAACUACGUAGAGGAGAUGGUCAGCCCUGCGGCCCUGGAGCCUGAGAGGGAGCACUUGGACGAGAACAGCCCCCUGGGGGACUUGCUGCGGGGGGUCUUGGAUGUGCCGGCUUGUCAGAUAGCCAUCCGUCCUGAGGGCAAGAACAACCGGCUCUUCGUCUUCUCCAUCAGCAUGGCAUCGGUGGCACACUGGUCCCUAGAUGUGGCUGCCGACUCACAGGAGGAGCUGCAGGACUGGGUGAAGAAGAUCAGGGAGGUGGCCCAGACCGCCGAUGCCAGGCUCACUGAGGGGAAGAUGAUGGAGCGGAGGAAGAAGAUCGCCCUGGAGCUCUCCGAGCUUGUCGUCUACUGCCGGCCUGUUCCCUUCGACGAAGAGAAGAUCGGCACAGAACGCGCCUGCUACCGGGACAUGUCGUCCUUCCCGGAAACCAAGGCUGAGAAGUACGUGAACAAGGCCAAAGGCAAGAAGUUCCUCCAGUACAACCGGCUGCAGCUCUCCCGCAUCUACCCCAAGGGCCAGCGGCUGGACUCCUCCAAUUACGACCCCUUGCCCAUGUGGAUCUGUGGCAGUCAGCUGGUGGCCCUCAACUUCCAGACCCCAGACAAGCCUAUGCAGAUGAACCAGGCCCUCUUCCUGGCCGGCGGGCACUGUGGCUACGUGCUGCAGCCGAGCAUCAUGCGCGACGAGGCCUUCGACCCCUUUGACAAGAGCAGCCUCCGCGGGCUGGAGCCGUGUGCCAUCUGCAUCGAGGUGCUGGGGGCCCGGCAUCUGCCGAAGAAUGGCCGAGGCAUCGUGUGUCCUUUCGUGGAGAUUGAGGUGGCCGGUGCUGAGUAUGACAGCACCAAGCAGAAGACAGAGUUUGUGGUGGACAAUGGACUGAACCCCAUGUGGCCAGCCAAGCCCUUCCACUUCCAGAUCAGUAACCCCGAAUUCGCCUUCCUGCGCUUUGUGGUGUAUGAGGAAGACAUGUUUAGUGACCAGAACUUCCUGGCUCAGGCUACCUUCCCGGUGAAGGGUCUGAAGACAGGAUACAGAGCGGUGCCUUUGAAGAACAACUAUAGUGAGGACCUGGAGUUGGCCUCCCUGCUCGUCAAGGUCGACGUUUUCCCUGCCAAGCAGGAGAACGGCGACCUCAGUCCCUUUGGGGGUGCGUCCCUGCGGGAGCGGGGCUGCGACACCUCGGGCCAGCUGUUUCACGGCCGGGCCCGGGAAGGCUCCUUCGAAGCUCGCUACCAGCAGCCGUUUGAGGACUUCCGCAUCUCCCAGGAGCAUCUCGCCGACCAUUUUGACAGUCGGGAACGAAGGGCCCCGCGAAGGACUCGGGUCAAUGGAGACAACCGCCUCUAGCUGUGCCCCAGCCUCGUUGAGAGCAGCGGGUGCUGUGCACCUCACGGAGGGCCGUGGACUGGUUUCCUGGAAAGCUGCCUGCGUGGCAGCCUUCCUGGCCUUGCCACCUGGAGCCUGGAUUCCAGCAGUGGACGCUAGACGGAAAGCAUGCCGUUAAUGAAAUGUAUCACUCACUAUUCAGGGCCUCCAUGCCCCAGCUCUGGGUGAAGGCAAAAACUGUACUGUGUCUCGCAUUUAAGCACACACAUCUGGCCCUGCCUUCUGGAGAUGGAGCCUUCCAUCUGUGGGACCAGGACCACGGCCGCAGCCUCUCAGAGAGAGAGGCUGCCUCAGCCGGCAGCACGGGAGGCUCUGAGGGGCCACUGACAUUCCUGAGAGGAGGGAAGGAGGAGCAGCUUUGCUGGGCUAGGGCGACGAAGUUUA